CAGCCGAGUGGGAAAAUGGCGGCCGAGGCCACAACGCUAAGGGAGGGAGCGGCGGGGCUUGAAUCCGCGCCCUUCCUGAAGCGCUACCUAGCCCGUUUUAGCGCCCUGCGGCUUGGGGGCGACGCCAGCCAGGUCCCGGGAGGCGACAGCGGCCGCCGCACUGAGCUCCACCUGCUCUUCGACCAGCUCAUCUCCGAGACUUGCGGGCCGGGGGGAGCGGGGCCGGGGGCGCCGAGGCCGGAGGAUGUCUGUGAACUACUCGUUCAGGCUUGCAAGCUUGUCCAACUUAAUCAAGAACAUCUUGUCAACAAAGUUUGCCAGCUGAUUCAUCACUUGCUUAACAGAUUUCCGGUUAUAGUUGAUGAGGAGAGUCUGAAAUACCUUCUGCCUUAUUUUAUCUCUGCGCUGAAGCAGUGCAGCACUUGGACGCAUGUUGAAAUCCUGCAGGCCUUGGCAGCUUCUGUCUACAACACUGGAUCUAAGUGCCAAAAGUAUCUUCCGGAUUUGCUGGGAGAAAAUGGACUUCUGGUGCAACUUAGCAGCCCUGCUCAGACUGACACCGAGCUCAAGAGGGCCGCAGUGCUUGGCAUGGCAAAUCUCUGCCUCAGCACACCUGGGCAAUCAUGUUUGGAGGAACCUUACAGAGAACUCUGCUUUCAGACUUUCCUUAGUGUCUUACAGUCUUCAAAAGGAUCUGGGGUGGAUGACAUCACCUUUUGCAUGUUGCUGCAGAACGCCUUGAAAGGAAUCCAGUUACUCUUAAAUGGUGGGAAGAUGAAGUUGACACAAACUGAUCAUCUGGGUUCCCUUCUUGCUGUAUUAAAGAAGUGCAUGUUCCAUGGGCUUCCUGGACUGAACAUAGAAAUGCCAGCCGUUUUGUAUCCAGCAUUACUUCCUCAAUAUGACAGCAGGUCACUGGACAAGCAGGAGAAGUCAGACCUGAGAAAUGCUAAAAUGACUGGGAGCAGGAAGAAAAAGCCCAAAGGGAAACAGAAGAAGGGAAAGUUGGAAGAAGAGCUGAAAGGGCAGCCGGAAAGUGACAGAGGAGGUAAACUAGAGAAGCAGAAGUUACAUGGAGAUGCACUGCAAGAUCCUGAUUCAGAUGUCUGGAAUCGAGCUUCCAGUGACAUACACUCGUCAUUUGGGAAUGACCAUUUACCUCUGAGUGCUUUGGGCUGGAAAAGAAUUAGCAGCAGUGACUCGGAGUAUUCUGAUGCUGAAGGGGGGAUGCAGAGUAAAACAAGGUCUUUCCAAGCUAAAGUUCGUCAAGGGGCUUUAACUUGCUUCCUUUCCACUGUGAAAUCGAUAGAGAAGAAAGUCCUCUAUGGUUACUGGUCAGCGUUCGUUCCUGAUGUGCCUGGAAUAGGAAGCCCACAGUCUGUAUCCUUGAUGACUAUUGCUUUAAAAGAUCCUUCUCCAAAGACACGGGCUUGUGCCCUCCAAGUUCUCUCAGCCAUCUUGGAAGGCUCCAAGCAGUUCCUUUCCAUUGCUGAAGAUGCAGUUGAUCACAGGAGAGCCUUCACACCCUUCUCGGUUUCCAUUGCAUCCAGCAUCCGAGAGCUCCACCGCUGUCUGCUGCUGGCCUUGGUGGCUGAAUCCUCUUCCCAGACACUCACCCAAAUAAUCAAGUGCCUUGCCAAUCUGGUAUCGAAUGCGCCAUACAGCCGUCUAAAGCCUGGGCUGCUGACAAGAGUAUGGCACCAGAUAAAGCCAUACAUUAGACACAAAGAUGUUAACGUUCGAGUGUUAAGCCUCACACUGCUAGGAGCCAUUGUGUCGGCUCAGGCUCCUUUGCCGGAGGUUCGCCACCUUUUGCAGCAGCCCAGCUCUUCAGGGUACAGUGAUGGCAGAUCUGCCAUACCGCAUUCAGCUACACACUCUGGAGUACCUGAAUGGCGCAAAGAAGCCCCAGCAGCUCCAGGAGAGGAGUCCCUUGCUGUGGGGAACGAACCAGCAGAGCCCUGCUGGCUCCUAAAUCUCUGCAUCUCUCUGGUUGUGAUGCCCAAGGAAGACAGCUACUCAGAUAGCGACACCGGCUGCCUGCCAGCCACAAGCAUAUACGAACCCUCUCCAGUUCGGCUGGAGUCCUUGCAGGUCCUAGCCCUACUUGUCAAGGGGUAUUUCUCAGUCUCCCAGAGCUAUCUACUAGAGCUUGGUGAAGUGGCUUGUAAGUGCAUGGAGGAAACAGAUCCAUCCAUCCAGCUCCACGGGGCAAAGCUCCUGGAUGAGCUUGGUGUUGGUAUAAUACAGCAGCACAAGUCAGAUGAGGCUGUCACUGCAGAUCAACGGGUGCCUGUCGACCUGGUUGUAACAUUCUGGACUAGAAUGCUGAAUGGACCCUUACUGGGCGCACUCCAAAAUGCCCAACAUCCAACACUUCAGACUAGCUCUUGCAAUGCUCUCUCUUCCAUCUUACCAGAAGCUUUCAGUCGUCUCCCGGACGACAAGCAAAUCCUCUGCAUCACUAUUCUUCUUGGGCUCAACCACAGUGAGAAUCCACUGGUGAAAGCUGCUGCCGCUCGUGCACUUGGGGUCUACAUUGUCUUCCCGUCUCUCCAGCAGGAUGUGAUGUUCGUUGCGGACACAGCCAACGCAAUCCUGGAUUCCCUCUGUGACAGUUCUCCAAACGUCCGUGCCAAAGCAGCUUGGUCCUUGGGCAACCUGACAGACACUCUGAUCAUCAACAUGGAGUUGUUGGGGCAAAGUUUCCAGGAUGAAUUCUCAGACUUGCUGCUUCUGAAAAUGUUGCGGUCAGCAACUGAUGCAUCAAAGGACAAAGACAAGGUGAAAAGCAAUGCUGUCCGUGCCCUUGGAAACCUCCUUCAUUUUCUGCAGCCAUCUCAGAUUGCUAAUCCCAGGUUCAGCCAACCCAUUGAGGAAUCCGUACAUGCCUUGAUCUCUACAGUGCAGAGUGAAAAUAGAAUGAAGGUCUGCUGGAACGCCUGCUACGCACUCGGGAACGUCUUCAAAAAUCCUGCCUUGCCGCUGGGAGAAGCCCUUUGGACUGCCCAGGCCUAUAACGCCCUUACCUCUGUUGUCAAGUCCUGCAAGAAUUUCAAAGUCCGCAUCAAAUCAGCCGCGGCCCUCUCGGUGCCAGCCAAAAGGAAGUGCUAUGGGACCCCUGAACAGUUCUCCCAGAUCUGGAGUGCGUUGGUCGUGGCCUUGCAGAGAAGCGAGGAGGCCCAAGACUUCCUGGAGUUCAAGUACAGCGCCAGCCUGAGGACACAGCUCUGCCACGCUCUGCUUCAUUUGCUGAGCCUGGCAGACGAGGUGGACCUGCCGGCCAUCGAAAAGGCGGUGGCUGAGCAUGGAGAAGUAAUUGGAUCCUACAUGUUGCAGUAUUUGGAAUCUGGAGUUUCCGAAGAGGAAGUGGGGAUAGGUGAGAAUUUUACCGAAAGGAGCAAAUUCCUGGAAAGGGCUGUUGAGCAUGUGCGGAGUAUCGAGGAGCUGUUGGAAGGAUGCCCGAAGAAAAAGGGGACAGUAGCUUAUCUAGAAGACAUAUUGGAAUCCUACAACAGUGCCACAGGACUCUCAGAAGCUUAAAGGAAUGUGGCCUAAGCAGAGGGCAUCUUGUUGGGUGCUGCAAAAGGCAGCUUUGCUGUUGGCAAUAUAAAACUGCCUUGAGUCUUCCUGUUAGCGAUCUUAGACAUGACUGCCUUGGUCCCUCAGAAGCAGUAGCAGCACACAGCGAGUAAAAUCAAGCCCCUUUCUGUAGACGAGUCAGUGCACUUUGACAUGGAUGGGGCAGACUUUCAGGUUACUAAGAAUUCUUUCCCCAAGUGGGGAGCGCAAUGGUGGAAGAUACAGGCAUUAAAGGAAAGGGAAGAGAUAGCAGAGUGUCCAAUACUGUCAGGGAAAAGGGGAGUUAAAUGCCAAACACAAAUUCAUAUCAAAUAAAAAGAACCUGGUAAGUAAGAUUCUCAGUCACCAACUCUGUUCUGACGAAAAAUAAAUGGGUCAUGUGCUUAAUAAU